AUGCCGUCAGUUCUACUUGUCUUGUUCCUGCAACUCUGGGCGCCCACUUGGGCUGCUGGCAAUCAAGAUUUCGUCCAGUGCGUUCAUGAUCACUACUCCUCCAAAACCUCCACCGCCCCCUCAAUUUCUAAGCUAAUCUACACUCCCGGCGACGCUUCCUACACAUCUGUUCUCCAAUCCACGAUCAUGAAUCCCAGAUUCAACGACACUAGCACAAUCCACAAACCUCUGGCCAUCUUCAUCCCUCAGUUCGACUCCCACGUCCAAGCCGCCGUCCUCUGCUGCCGCAAACACGAACUGCGGCUUAGAAUCCGCAGCGGCGGCCACGACUUCGAAGGCCUCUCCUACCUCUCUGUUUCCCCCUCCAAUGAUGACUUCGUGAUGAUCGACUUGACCAAGCUCCGCGCAGUCCACGACGUCAACCCCGAAACAAGGACCGCGUGGGUUCAAUCAGGGGCAACAUUAGGCGAGCUCUACUACGCAAUCUCGCAGAAAAGCAGAGUCCUGGCUUUCCCGGCAGGGUUUUGGCCCACGGUUGGAGUCGGCGGGCAUUUCAGCGGAGGAGGAUCAGGCGCGUUAUCGCGGAAGUUCGGGCUUGCAGCUGAUAACGUAAUCGACGCCAGACUAAUUGACGCCGAGGGCAAAGUCCUGGACAGAGCUUCAAUGGGGGAAGAUUUGUUCUGGGCGAUUCGCGGCGGCGGAGGCAAUACUUUUGGAGUAGUCACGGCUUGGAAAAUCAAUCUGUUACCCGUCCCGCCUUCCGUCACCGUCUUCAAUUUAACCAGAGCGGUGGAAGAAAGCGCGACCGAGCUCGUCCACCGGUGGCAAUACGCGGCGGACAAGCUGCCAGAGGACGUGAGCAGUUUCCUAGUCUCGCUAUCCAGUAAAAUGGCGUCGUUUCAAGGUUUAUAUCUAGGGGAAAUCAAAACUCUGCUUCCCCUGUUUGAAGAAAAAUUCCCAGAGCUUGGUCUCUCAGAGGGAGACUGCAGUGAAAUGAGCUGGAUCGAUUCGGUGCUGUAUUUUCUUGGGUCCGAAUCGGUUGAGACUCUCCUCAGAAGGACAGGAGAGCCGGCGAGGAAAGUCAAAUCGAAGUCCGAUUUUGUGCAGGAGCCUCUCCCUGAAGAUGCUGUGGACGGGAUUUGGAGAAUCCUGGCAGAGGUUGGGCCGGAGGAAGGCGUUCUGCAGUUGGAAGCUCAUGGAGGGAAGAUGAGUGAAGUUCCGGAAUUCAGCAUCCCCUACCCGCAUAGAGCUGGCAACGUGUACAUGAUUCAGUACUACGCUUACUGGGAUGGGAAUGGAGUUGAGACGGAAGAGAGGCACUUGGAUUGGAUUCGGAGGCUUGAGGGUUACUUGGCGCCAUUCGUGUCGCAGGGUCCACGGGGAGCUUACGUCAAUGCGAGGGAUCUUGAUCUUGGGAUGAAUGGUGAUGCUGCUGCAGGAAGGGCGUGGAGCUGUGAACAGGGGAGUGAUUGGGGGAGGAGGUAUUACAAGGGUAAUUUUGAGAGGCUGGUUAGGGUUAAAACUGACGUUGAUCCGGCAAACUUUUUCAGGAAUGAGCAGAGUAUACCUCCAUUCUUUUUGGGUAGUCGGCACGUCGGGGAAUAA